GUCAGGGUUGUAUGCACUGUGUACAGUGAGUCAGUGUGAUGUGCGUGCGCUGAACCCGGUAAGUGUGAGUUGCAAUAUAACAAGAAUCAUUUCUUUGAUUUUAAUCGUAGUCAUUCGUGUUGAGGUUAAAGAUAAUAUUUAUUAAUAACUGUUUAGUGUUAGGUAGCUUCAUUCGGACCCUUAAUCAACCAGAGAAGAAUCGAAAAAAGAAUUCAUCAAUGAUGGAGAACGGAGAUGAAAUAACAAUAGAACUUGAGAAGUGUUUCCGCUUAAUCUUGUCAGGGACGAGACAGGAGGUUGUUAAGGGAUGGUCAACGCUGGAAUUACUCGAAAGAAUCGAAAUUCUGUUGAAGGACGGUACGAUAUUGAGAACAAUACUGAAUGGUCAAUUAUGGGUAUCAAAUUAUAGCGAAAUACCACGGCUGUUGACCUGGUUUUCCCAGUAUUUUUCCGAGGACACUUUCGAAAGGUGUGAUUCUGUCACCAACAACGUUGCAGUUAUGAUAAAGGAUUCAGCUACCACAGAUAUCGCCUUCUUAGUCUCCAUCAUCGAUGUCCUUUCCUCGCACAAAGCCUAUCUACCCAUGACUUCGAAUCACACCAAACUAUGCGAAGCGAUCAUUGUUCGUUUGGCUCACCUCCAAGUACCCAGCGAGCCCAAAAAGAUAUCAGAAUUCAAUGAAAAUGCCUCUAAAAUACAAAAAUUUCUCGCUUAUUUAUGUUCCAACGAGGAAUGCCCCGAACGAGUCAAUCUGAUAAUCACCUGCUUCGCUGUGUUCUACAACAUCAUAUCGGACACGUCAAGAACCGAAGAGCCCGGACCAGCGCUGGUCAUCGUGUUGCAACUCGUGGACGUAUCGAUGAUACCGCAAGCUGUGCAAUGCAUUUUGUCAGAAUCGCGCAGCGAUCAGCAGCUCGUUCAAGCGUUGAAGAUACUCUGUUCAUGGUCGACAAAGUGGCUGAGGGGCGAUCGGCUGGGAAUCUGGAUUAUGGAGUUCAUAUUGGAACUGGAAGCAAAACGGAAGUAUUCCAUCCUGAAGGAAGUGACGGAAGCGACGGUGGAGCGACUUUUCAUCGCCCUCCUGCUUCCCAUGGGUCGACAAAAUUUGUCAUCGAUCGUGUUUCACGUUCUCAAAAAGCAAAGCACACCGAGUCUGUUUCACAAAAUAUCAAAAAGGAUCCAGCCGAUGAUGCAGCACCUGUUGAAGGACACAUCUCCAAUGGGUAAAGAAUGCGUGCAAAACAUCGUCGAUAUAUCGACCGCGCUCAUGAUCAGGUUCCCUGGUUAUCCGUUCUACGACUUUCUCCAGAACAGUUUGCCCACUAAACCACGUAUGCAAGUCGUUCAAGAGAUAGUCGGCGGCUCAGUGUGGGCAGACGACUUUUACGAUGUUGAAACACCCAGUUUUAGGUCAAACUCUGGUAAAGUGGGUCUGACUAACUUGGGGAACACUUGCUACAUGAACAGUGUUCUUCAAGCUCUCUUCAUGACUAGACAGUUCUGUUACAAAGUUCUUAAUCGCAAAGAAGAAGGCAAUGAAGAAUCUGCCGCUGAUCAACCUGUUCUGAGAAAGCUGGAAAAUCUAUUCGCUUUGCUGCUUUAUUCAAAGAGGGUAUCGCUAGCACCGAAUGAAAUAUUACUCGCAUCCAGACCGACCUAUUUUAUGCCUGGUCAACAGCAGGAUAGCUCUGAAUUUCUCUGUCAUCUCUUGGAUGUCCUGUACGAGCACGAGAAAACAGCCAACAUACAAUGCGGAGGUGUGGAAAUGACCACUGAACAUAAAUCAAAGGGCGACGAACAGAUGAGCGAUGGAACUCAGGAAGCUGGAGAGGAUGGCCCGGUUAUUAAACGUUGGACUACCGAAGAGGAUCUCACUGAAGGUGUCGUACUUCAAAGGAAAACUCAGUCGUUGGCAGACUUUACUCAACGUGAAGAUUUAGCCCAAACCCAGCAACUGAAUGAUUCGCAUUCCAAUUCUACGGACAGUGGGAUUCAGUCUGUCGGAGGAGAGGAAGGCAGCAUGCAGGCGUUCCUUGUUCAUCGAGUGUUUGGCGGGGAGUCUGAAAUUACUUACCAGUGCACCCAGUGUGAUACAAGCUCGCAUAAUACGGACAAAUUCCGUGAUUUGCAGCUUUGUUUUCCAGCAGAGAUACCCGAGAAUCAGGAGAUAUCUGUGCAGGAUCUAAUAAAUUAUUAUUUGACACCGGAAAAGUUGACCGGGGAGAAUAAAUAUCGUUGCGACAAAUGCACAAAGCUGUGCGACGCGCAAAGAUUAAUAAAAAUUUUACAGGCGCCGUCGCAUCUCAUACUUACACUGAAACAUUUUCAUUACGAUUCCGAAAGUCGUUUGAGAACUAAACUCAGACACAAAGUUAUGUACAAUGAAACUAUUAAGGUACCUGUAUCGUCGCAAAAUUGCGUCACGACGGAGACUUACAACCUUUACGCAGCUGUUGUUCAUUCCGGCUACAGCAUGGAUUACGGACACUAUUUCACCUACGCCUGCGACUCGAAAAAUAACUGGCACAAGUUCAACGACAGUUACGUAUGGAGCAGCAGCCUGGAUGAUUUCAAGAGCCUCGAACCACCCGACACCCCCUACAUUUUGUUCUACGCGAAGAAUACGGCCACAUCGGACACCGUCCAGUCGCACGAAGAUGUACCCGAAUUGUCCACGCUGAAGAAACGGCUUCAAGACCUCGUAGCGAACGAUACGAUUGCCUUCAAAGAAGAGCUCCGGCAACAGACUGAACGUAAACGUAAUCAGCGUAGUAAACAGCCGUUGCCGAAUGUCGGAAGACACGAUAAUUCGGACGAUGAGAAUCCUCCGCCGAGCAAUUGUCGAAGCGCCGUCGAUAUACCGACGAAUCGUUUCCUCUUUUGAGGAAAAUUAUCAUCUAUCUUCAAUUAGUUUGUUUCAUCUCGUCGUUAGUCGUUGUUCUUCCAGAAGCGUUUAUUUUUAGCGAAAAAAUGAAUACCUAAAUGCGACGACGUUAUAGCGUUACUUAUAGCGAAUGGAAUUGGUUAUAGGGAAAAAGUCUUUUCGAUACAGUACGCACGUUAUUUUAUCAACGGUCUCACAAUAAUCAGCUGUUAAAUUAUAAACGGUGUAACUUUUAGUAAUUGUCGUACUUAUCCUCAGAGAGCUGAAAAAAGAUUUUUUGAUUUAUCAAUUUUUAUUUAUUCUUUGUUGCUGCAUAAGUCGACUGCUCACCACGAAGAGUUCAUUAGUUGGUAGUUCGUUAGUAUCGUUUAAAGGUGUAUAGUCUAAUUAGGAAUCAAGGCUGACAGAGGCUGCAGCUACUUUUUGAAAGGUGAAGAGAAGACGAAUAAGAAAAAUCAUUCAUCAUUUAAUACAAGGAAUUGGGAACUAUCUUUAUGCUGCAAAUGUGUGUGUGCGUGCGUGUGUGUGUGCACAUAAGUAUAUCAUACAAUUAUACAUGGUACAUACACACAUAUACACCUGGGCAAUCUCUUUCAAUUGGCUGUGGCUUAAUUUACGCAUAUAGUUCUGAAUUGCGAUGUAGGUUUAAGGUCCCACGGAGAUUAUCUGAUAUGGUAUUAUUUGCCUUUUUCUACGUAUAAAAUGAAAUUAAACUUCGAUCACUCUGACGCUAUUGAACAAUGUUGGGGAAAUACAAUUCUGACUUUAAGCGCGUUAAAAAUUUUCGAAGUGAGCGUAUUACAUUGAUCGGCCCUUCAUCAACAACGUUGUUCGUCUUUACGAUGGAGUUAGAGGAAAAAAGUACUCUGCUAAAUUACCUGCGCGGUAUUGAAGUAAAGGACAUAUACAUAAACGAUUAAUUAUAAACUGUAUAUAGCUGUGUUUUAUAUGUAGUAAAUUACAGAAGAA